GCCUGGAGUUUCAGAACCUGCUCUGUGCAUCCAGCAGCUGCAGAGCAUCUGAUGUAGAUGAUCAUUUCGUUUGGAGCUCUCAAUAUGGGCCUGCUGGAAAUAACUGCGGUGGUAUUCAUUCUGACUGCAAAUCUGUCCGUUACUAAAUCACAGCAAAGUGGUGAAGUUUAUUCCGAUGUCGUGUUUCUAGUUGAUGGAUCUCGAUAUGCGAGACCACCAGCAUUUCAAAAAGUAAAGAACUUUAUUACGCAAAUCAUUGACAAGCUGAACAUUGUUGAGAACGGUUACAGAAUCGGACUUGCUCAAUACAGCGGGGAUGCCAAAACUGAAUUCCUACUGAACAGAUUUCAACAAAAGGAUGAGGUGAUGAAUUACCUUAGGAGGAAUUACAUGUUCAAGGGUGGAGGAGCACUAAGAACAGGGCGUGCUAUCUCACAUCUGCAGACUAACUUCUUCACAACAGCUGCUGGAAGCCGGCAGGUUGAUGGAGUUCCUCAGAUUGCAGUAGUAAUAACUACUGCACGGUCACAAGAUGAUGUUGAAGCAGAUUCCAAAGCACUGAAAAAACGUGGUGUAAGAAUCAUCUCAGUUGGUAUAGGGAAUUCAGACAUAAGUGAGCUGGAGAAGAUCGCUUUUCUUCCCAAUUAUCCAUUUCUGUUCCAAACAUCUGGCUUUGAAAACCUUAUUCGUGCAUCCGAAGUGUCUAGCGCCAUCAUGAUGAUAACACAAAGAGAGUUUCUGCAUAAAGAGAUCAAAGCACCAGCAGCAUGCAAAUCUGCAAACUUGGCUGAUAUAGUUUUCCUUGUGGAUCAAUCAAGAAGCAUUGGAGAAAGAAACUUUCAACUGAUCCGCUUAUUUCUGACCAGGUUUAUCAAUGCGCUGGAUGUCGCUGGUGAUAAAAUACAUAUUGGUUUGGUUCAGUACAACACUGUUGCAUUUCCAGAAUUUUAUUUUACGACGUAUCAGUCCAAGAAUGAAAUGAUCCAACACAUUAAAAAAACAAAUUACAGGGGAGGGGAAGCAAACACUGGAGCUGCACUUGAUUACAUAAGGUUGAACUACUUUACACCACAUGCUGGUGGUCGAAAGAAGCAAGGAAUUCCUCAAAUUGCAAUUGUGAUUACUGAUGGAAAGUCCAAGUACGAUGUAAAAAAAGCAGCUAGUGCUCUUCGUCGUACCGGUGUUACUGUGUACGCUGUAGGAACAAAAGACGCUAAUCAAAAUGAACUAAGCAAAAUUGCCUCAUAUCCUUCUGAAAAUUUUGUUUCAACUAUCGAGAGUUUUGGACGACCAUCAAAUAUUGAAAGGAUUCUCCAGAAAAGAGUUUGUGUUGAGAUCAUCAAUCAAAAUUCGGUACUGCCUGAGAAAGUAACCCAACUUCAGGAAGGAUGCAUGGAAACUGAUGAAGCUGAUCUAUUUUUCCUAAUCCAUGGAUCAGACAGCAUAAAACCCGAGGACUUUACAGACAUGAAGCAAUUCAUGUUAGAUAUUAUUCACAAAUUCAAGAUCGGUGUGGAUAGGGUGCGGGUUAGUGUUGUCCAGUAUGGGUACGCUCCCCAAACAGUUUUCAGCAUCACUCAAUAUACCACAAACAAGGACGUGGAAGCUGCAAUUAAAAGAAUGACUUUGAUACGAGAAUUGCAAACGGUCACCGGGAAAGCACUGGAAUUUAUCAAGGAUCGCUUCAAAGAAAUAGAUCAGAGUGAUAAAAACAGGGCACAACGCUUCCUGAUCACCAUUACGGAUCAGAAAUCAGAGGAUGAUGUUUCGAUACCUGCUUCAGAGCUGAGGCAGAGGGGAGUAGUUGUUUACAGCAUCGGCGUGGAGAAAGCAGAUCAUUCUGAAAUGUUUCAGAUUGCAGGGGACCUGGACAGGAUGUUUUACACCGAUAACUAUGAUGCCUUGACAGCCAUAAAAAAUAAGGUUUUACGGGAUAUGUGUUCAAAGGAAGCCUGCAGUAAGCUAGAAGUGGCCGAUAUCAUUUUCCUGAUUGACGGAUCGAGAAGCAUUUAUUUCAAAGAUUUUAUCACAAUGAAAGUGUUUAUGGAGACCUUGAUCAACAAAACCCAAGUUGGUGAAAACCGAGUCCAAUUCGGUGUGAUCCAAUUCAGCACACAAACCCAAUUGGAAUUCCAGCUCAACCAAUAUUACGACAAAGAUAAACUGAUGCAAGCUGUUGGUGACAUCCAGCAACUGGAGGGGCUGACCAGUACGGGCAAAGCACUGAACUUCACAGCAAAGUACUUUGAUGAAGCACAAGGUGGACGGCCCCAUGAGAGACAAUACCUGAUAGUGAUCACAGAUGGCGAGGCGCAGGAUGAGGUUUACACACCUGCCAAAGCCAUAAGAGAUAAAGGAAUUACUGUUUUUGCCAUUGGUGUAUACAAUGCUAACAACAGUCAGCUUGUGGACAUUGCAGGCUCCCAGGACCAAGUUUACCAUGUGGAGAAUUUUGACGCAUUGGGCAGCUUAGAAAAGUUAAUUUCAUUCGAAGUGUGCAGUCCAUUGCAUGAGUGCAAGAGAAUAGAAGUUGCAGACAUUGUUUUUGUAAUAAGCGGAUCAGACAGCAUCGGCGCUGUUCAGCUCGACAGCAUGAAGCGCUUCAUGAUUGCGGUGGCCAACCGCUCAGAAGUUGACGCGAAAGGUGUCCAAUUUGGAGUCGUGUUGUACGGGGAUUCUCCUCAAACUAAGUUCCAAAUGAACGAGUUCCAUAGCAAAGCUGGAAUCAGGACGGCAAUUUCCCAAAUACAGAAAACAACAAGCGGGUCUGCGAGCGCAGCAAAGGCUCUAAAACAUGCAGCGGGGCUCUUAUCUUCAGAAAAGGGCGGUCGGAAAUCUCAAGAAGUGCCACAGUUCCUGAUUGUCAUUACUGAUACCAAAGCUGCGGAUGCAGUAGAUUUGCCAGCUAUAACUAAAGGCAUUAGAGAAGAUAACAUUAAAAUCUACGGCAUUGGCGUUGGUCGGGUAGAACAAAGAGAACUUGAGAAAAUCACAGGAUCCACAGAGGGAAACUUUUACGCUCAGGACUUUGGCCAAUUGCAAGACUUAUCCAGGAUAAUUUCUCAGCUGUUGUGCAACGGAUCGAAGCUAGCAUGUGAGCUUUCAAAAGCAGACAUUGUGUUCCUGCUCGACAGUUCAGAGAGCAUCAAGAAACAUCAGUUCCAGUUGGAGAAGGAUUUCUUAAAAGACUUCACAGACAUGUUCGAAAUUAGUCAAGACAAAUUCCAGUUUGGAGUGGCCCAGUACAGCACAAACCAGAAGGCAGAAUUCUACCUCAAUCAGUAUCAUGAUCGAAUGAUGCUGAACCGUUCAAUCCAGAACAUCGUGCAAUUGCAGGAGGGAACCAAAACAGGAAAAGCGUUAAAAUAUAUUGAUCAUUUCUUUCAACCGGAAAAAGGGAGUCGGAAGAAGGAAGGGGUUCCCCAGUUUCUUCUGGUAAUUACAGAUGGAGAAUCUCAAGACGAUGUUAGUCUUCCAGCUGAAGCUUUGAGAAGAAACAAUAUCAUUAUAUUUGCAUUGGGUAUUGAUAAAGUGGAAAAGAAGCACAUGGUGGAGAUUACUGGAGAUCCACAGAAAACAUAUAUCAUUAAGGAAUUUACUGACUUGAGCAAAUUUAAAAAAAGAUUAGUGCGUACUAUUUGUGUUACUGAGGAACAGAAAGUUUCACCAGAGUGCACCAUGGACAUUGCUGUGGGGUUUGAUCUCCCAAGGAGGUCAGGAAAACAGACCUUAUUCACUGGUCAGAUGCAAUUACAAGCAAAGAUCGACGAGAUUCUGUUUAUGAUCACUUCUAUCACUGGCAGCAGCUGUACAGCUGAUUCGAAGGCGGACAUCAGGCUGGGUUUUCACAUAAAAGAUCGCAAUGGUCUGAAUGUUUUUGAAACACAGUUUGAAAACUAUAACCAAGAGAUUGUUGAUAAGCUGAAAGCAAUUCAAACAGACGCCAGCAUCAAUCUAAAUGCAGAAACGUUGAAAUCAUUUUCCAACAAAUUCAAUACAUCAGAUGCAAACUCAAAGGUGGUGCUAAUAUUUACAGAUGGAUUGGACGACACUGAAGUAAGACUCAAUGACGCAGCAGAAAAACUCCGCGAGGAAGGAGUCAGUGCACUUAUCACUGUGACUCUGGAGGGUGCAGUGAACAUUAAGAAGAUUUCGCGUAUCGAGUUUGGAAAUGAAUUUGGAUACAAACAGCAGCUAUUUAUUGGAAUGCAGGAUAUUGGAGGUUCUUUGAAGCAAGAAAUCAGUGCAAUUAUGGAAAGAGACUGCUUUAAUUUCCGUUGUAUUUGCAUUGGAGACCCGGGAUUGCUUGGUGGUCAGGGAUUUAGGGGGCCAAAGGGAAGCCAUGGACUAAAAGGAACCCUGGGCUUUCCGGGAGAAGAAGGAGGAAUGGGUGAGAGAGGGCCCCCAGGUUUCAAUGGGACUCGAGGAGUUCAAGGAUGCCCAGGUCCCAGAGGCCCCAAGGGAGGAAGAGGACAUCGAGGGCAGAAGGGUCAUGCCGGGGAGCAUGGUAUCAAUGGAAUCAAUGGAGAACAGGGCAAUCAUGGAAUUCCUGGAUCCUUGGGUGAAAAAGGCUAUCCUGGGAAUCUGGGUAAGAGAGGCCCACCAGGAACUCGCGGUGAACGUGGAGAGCAGAAUGCACGUGGAGAUUCAGGUGAACCUGGAAUUGAUAGUACUAUUCAAGGUCUAAAGGGAGAACGAGGAAACAUAGGCCCGCCGGGUGAUCCAGGAACUGAUGGUACUCCAGGAAUACGUGGUCCUGUAGGAAACCCUGGAGUAGAGGGUCGUAGAGGACAAUCGGUUGCCCAGGGAGAGAAAGGCCAGCGCGGUGACAGAGGUCGUAAAGGUGAUCCAGGAACCCGAGGCCUACCGGGGCAACCUGGUGGUUCUGGGAUUCCUGGUCUUAGGGGAGAGCAAGGACAUCGUGGUAUUCAGGGUCCACCAGGGAUUCCAGGUCCUGAUGGGGAGAUUGGCAACUCUGGAGUCAAAGGACCAAAUGGUCUGUUUGGAGAUCCUGGUAAAAAAGGUGAGAGAGGACCAAGAGGAGCUCGUGGAUUUGUGGGCAUGGAUGGCAGAGAUGGAUUUGGCUUUCCUGGAUUAAAAGGAAAAAAGGGAGAACAAGGAAAUCCUGGAUAUGUUGGUGCUGAGGGAGCGGAUGGAAAACCUGGAAUUACUGGGAUCGAGGAUCGAAAGGAAUCAGGGCGAAGGGGUAAUUCUGGUGAUGCCGGUGACCUUGGUGAUCCUGGCUCUCUUGGAGGUCCUGGACGAGCGGGUCCCAAAGGACCACAAGGCCGAGCGGAUCAGAGAUCAUGCAACCUCAUAUCAUAUGUGCGAGAUAACUGCCCUUGCUGUUCACGGACAGGAAGAGGAUGUCCUGCAUAUCCCACCGAGCUGGUGUUUGCUCUAGACGUGUCUGCAGAUGUCACACAAGCCGUGUUUCUAAGAAUGAAGAGAGUAGUUUUGACUCUUCUGCAGGACAUUAACAUCGCUGAAAGCAAUUGUCCAACUGGUGCCCGCGUGUCUGUUGUUACAUCCAACACCACAGUACAGACUUCUAUUAGAUUUUCAGACUUUAAGAAAAAGAAACUGCUUCUGGACAAAAUAGAACAACUAGAACACGAACGAUCUACCGGCAGUCGGAAGAUUGACACUGUGAUGAUGUUUGUGGCAAGAAACACUUUUAAGCGUGUUCGUAAUGGUGUACUUGUGAGGAAAAUAGCAGUGUUUAUCACUAAUGGUGAUUCCCCAGACACCACAGCGAUCUCCACAGCUGCCAUGAUAUUACAAGCUUCCAAUAUUAUUCCAGUUGUUAUUUCUUUCAGUGCAGUCCCAGAAGUACUGAGUGCUUUUCUGGCUCAAGGUGGGGAGGAAUCUGCAGUGUUUGUCCUACCCAGGCAGAUGCAAUCCUCCAGAGAAAUGCUGCAAAAUAUCCGGUUAUGCAGACUCUGCUAUGAUGAGUGUAACCCAGAUGCCUCGUGUUCAUCAGCCCCUCGAUCGCUUACUGUACCAUUAAGCCUGGACAUGGCUUUUGUUGUUGAUGACUUAGAAAAACUGAAUGCUGCAGAAUCGAGGACAGUUCAGCAUUUCCUGAGCUCAAUGUUUGACACGUUUCUAAGUACCUCAGAGUCAAAGGACUCUAUGCCUCAUCCCAGGGUGGCUCUGGUACAACACACACCAGGUUACGCACCAAAAUUUGGGGAUGAUCCGUUUAACCUGGAGUUUGGGAUUCUGGAUUAUCCCACAAAAUCCAUAAAGAAGAGACACGUCCAAGACGCAUUGUUUAAGGUGGACGGCUCCUCUAGCAUUGCCAAUACCAUUGAGUGGAGCUUGAACAACUUUUUCUUAAAUGCUCCAGAUCAGAAACAGUACAAGGUUAUUUUUACAAUCUUUUCAGGGGAAACAAAUAUUUUGGACAAGAAAAAGUUAAUGCAAGUUUCACGGGAAGCCAAAUGUAAAGGGUUUGUAAUGUUUGCAUUAGCCCUUGGGAGGGGAACUAAUAGCACGAUCCUGAAGAAUUUUGCUAGUUUUCCUUUUGAGCAACAUUUACUUCGCCUGGACAGAGCACUGGAGGCUGAACUGGGAUAUGCACAGAAGUUUGCACUGGCUUUCCUGAAUAACCUGGCAACUGGAAUCAACAGUUAUCCACCUGCAGCUCUAGCGAGGGAAUGCCGCCAACAAAUAAAAUCUCAAGAUGCAAUUGGAAAACCAGAAACGAUUCCUAGUUUCAAGCAGUAUGUUCGAGUGGAGAUGGCAGAAGAUAUAGAAGAUGGAGAUGACAUCAAUAGUUAUGAUGUGUGUGCACUGAAUGUGGAUGAAGGUAAUUGCAGGAAUUACAUUUUGAAAUGGUUCUUUAAUCAAGAAUUAAAAAGAUGCCAACAGUUUUGGUUUAGUGGUUGUAGAGGAAAUCGGAACCGAUUUGACACCAAACAAGAGUGUGAAGAUUUAUGUCUGAAACGUGCCUGGUAAAUGCUGCGGUGCUGUCUAUUUUCCAAGUGAACACAUCCCGAGAAAAGGAUAGGUAUCCUAUGUACAAUAUCACUUCCCAUUCACUCCUUUAUAUGAGCACAUCAUGUUGAUCCCACUUAACACUCUGUGUCGAAUGACAGUCAGGAGAAUGCUUUCACAAUUUUGCAAACAGAUGUUAAAUCUAAAAUCCUAGUCCAAGCUAAAUCAUUCUCCCUUUACAGUACAUGUUUUUAAUGAUCAAUCCCUCCACUGCUGUAUUUUAAAUAGAGACAGCAGACUCCCACAGAAAUUUAAAUCGGUCCACUUAAAAUAGAUUUUUGUUAUGUACUUCCUAUUGAUUUUGAAUACUAAAUGAAUGAUUUAAAAAAAGUCACAAUUAAGAACAUUUCCAGUGUUUAUGUAAAUCUGGUUAAAAGAAUAGUCGUAAUGCAAGUGCAAAAUGUACUGGGAAUCUAGCCAUUCAUUCUUUUUUAUAUGUAAAUAUUUUUUAAUAUAUAUAUGACAUUUAUAAAUGGGAUAUUUAAGGAGGCAUUUUCAAGUGGAAUCAGUACUCAGGAUAAUUAAAAGGAUUCUCCAGUGAGUGUAAAGGUUCAAACUCAACUGUUGGUUGUUGACGGCCAUAUUAAUCUCUCCCUUUUGGUUUUCCUCCCAACAUCAUAUCUAUUAGAAUAAUUUUCUGGGCAUACUGCUGGCACAAAGGGCAUCCCCAUUAACUUUUGUCUUGCCUAAAGUCUUUAUUCAAAGCAACAAACCGGCCAGUGAGUCCUCGACAGCAAACUGGUCACUAUUUCAAGUGAGGCAAACACGGUGUUCCCCACACAUACCUUAAUUGUGAGCCACCCAUCGUAUUGUUAUUAUUAUUGCGGAAAAACAAUUUAGUUCCUGGGAAAGAGGAAAGUAUCGGGGAAGGACUUGCCAGUAAGAUUACCAAUAUGUCCUGUUCAGUUAAUUUUGAAUCCACAGCCUAUAGGGUAUUCCUUUAAAAUUGCUAAACGCAUACUACCCAAUGUAAUUGAUUACAUUGGUGUACUAUCCAUUUAUUUUGUAUGGUGCUUUGCUGGUGCAAUCGAAUAAUAUCAAAGAAUAAAAUGUUUUGUAUCUAUUGGA